AUGAGUAUUCGGGAGUAUUUUUGGAACGACACAAUGGCUCGAGUUGCUGCGUAUGUGCCAACAAAAAAAUUAUGCAGGUUGGCUGUACGCAUGUUUAUAGGGACUCAAGGUAAUUUCUAUAUAGUAUUUCCUAAAAAUCGCGAUAUGGCUUUUAAGCUUCUUGAUGCAGCAGCAGUUAAUUCUCGCUCUUUAGACCAAUUAAACCAAAUUCAGUUCUCUAUCGCUCAGCUUAAAAAAAUUGAAGCAGUUGAAACAGGAAAGCCUCAAUUGUUGAAGGAAGCCAAUAACGAGCUUAGCGUGCUUUGCAGAGAAGAUUACAUAGUUGCAAAGGUAAAGUCUAUGCUAGUUUGCUAUGGGAAAAGAGCUAAUGAAAAUCAAUAAAAAAGCCAACCCAUCAACCCAAAAGCAAAUGGAAGUGCUAUAGCUUAUACCCCGUUUUGGAUCGGCCUUGAGCACCUCCUCCCCGUGCCACCCACUCCUUAACGGUUCAAAUAUUUUAACAUGCUAAAUAUUAGUUUGACAAGUUAAAAUAUUUGAGGGGGAUUGCCAAAUAAUAUUUAACAUUUAAAAUUUUCAGGACCGUCAGGGGUGGGUGACAUGGGAGGGGGUGCUUAAUGGUGAGCAACCACGAGGGGUGUGCUGUAUCACGCCAAUAUUUGUCUGAAUGCGCAGCCAGUUCUUAUGCCCCUUCUUAUUACUACUUCGGAAUGGCGCAUGAGCAAGGAAUAGGUGGACCAGUCAAUAAACAGCAAGCAGAGGGAUGAAUCGCCAGAGCUGCAAAUGAAGAUGACCCUAAAGCAUUUUUCAAGCUAUCACAAUGGUGAUUUUUAUGCAGGUAUUUAGUUAAAGAAGACAAAGAGAUGUAUUUUAAGUAUAUGAAAUUAGCUGCUGAGUUAGGACUGAAUGAAGCACAACAUAAUUUAGGGGUUUAUUAUAAUGAGCAAGGAGACAUAAGGAAAGCUGUGGCAUGGUUUUACCAAGCUGCAAAAAACGCGUUUUAUCCUUCUAUAAUCAACCUUGGUAUCAUUUUUCUGAAUGGCAGAGGCGAAUUCGCAGCAAAUCCUUUGAUUGCUUAUAUAUGACUGAAAAAUGCGCAGAGGGUAGAAGACUCAACAAUGAUACAGAAGCUUGUAAGCGAGGCUGAAAAGGCUUUAGAUGAAAUAGGAAUCAAAUUUUAG